CACACAUAUGAAGAGCAAGGCAUAGGCAACAGCAUUUAAAAUAUUCAGUGUAACUAUGAUUGGUAAGAUGAAACAAAAUUUCCGCAGCGAAAAUUUCCGUUAACGUUACAUAAAUUAGCUCAAUUUUUUAAAUAUAUAUUAAACAGAAAUAAAAAAAAAAACAAUAAACUCUAAAAUUUCCGAAACCACAAACCAAAAGAAUGUUACCUUCAUCCCCAAGCGGAAUUCCAAUCUUCCGGUGACGAGGGUGAUGCGGAGUAAUUUUGAGCAAUUUAGACUUAUCGACACGAUAUUUGAGCGCGUAGUGAUGUAAAUAAACUCAUUUACAAAUACUGAAAGAAAUUAAAAUUUACUUUAAGGUUUUCAAAAAGCGAUUUUUUUUUCAUUCUUUAUCAGUCAGAAAUUAUGCAUAAUUGCGUAGUUUUAAAAGUAGUUUUGCAUCUAUUAUUUUAAAUAGAGAUUGUUCUAACGAUAAUGAUGAAGUAAUAUUUUUAUGAAAUAGGAGGAGCUUGAUGUUCGAACGUCAUUUUUUGAAAUGAAAAAUCGUAUCGAUACCGUGUCUGCGGCUAUAAACAAAACCGCAUAAAAACCAGCCAGCUAGGGGGUCGAGUGAUUAUGUAUCGUGCGAUCGAAUCGCAUUCGUAGUUCGAAUCGCGUGCGAAGCGGAUCGCUAAGCGGUGGCCGGUCGCGCGUUUGUUUACAACUCACGUAGAGAGACUUAUCCAAGUUUUAUAAAAAAUAUUUUAGUGGAGAAGACUUGAGUGAUGUCGAAAGAUAAUCCAAGGUUGAGCCGGCUCGGAGUGUUGGCGCCGGCUGCCCUGUCGGCCUGCAUGGAUGCCUCCGUGCUCGCAGUCCCGGCUGCAGGUGCAAUCGUCUCCACGGUUCUCAAGGAGUUGAGCAAGGCCUUCAUGCUCAAAAAAUGGUUCCACGGUGUUAUGUCAGCCAAAGAAGCCGAGAGCCUCAUCAUGGAGAAAGGGAAGAACGGUUCGUUCUUGGUCCGAGAAUCUCAGGCGCAUCCCGGUGAAUACGUGCUGUCUGUCAGAGUCAGAGGUCGAGUUAGCCACGUCCUUAUCAGACGACAGCACAACAAAUACGACGUAGGUAGCGGUGAGCAGUUCGAUGACCUGGUGGGUCUUAUUGAACACUUUCGUUCGUAUCCGAUGAUCGAGACAUCAGGAGACGUACUGCGUCUCUUGCAGCCUGUUAGUGGCACCAGACUAAGAGCUCACGACAUCGACCAGAAAGUACAGGAGAUGCAGGGAAUAGAAGAUCGACAAAAAAUGGAAUGUAAUACCGGUUUCGAUGGUGAGUUUCAGUCAUUGAAACUGCUUGAAGACAGACACGUGUUCACAACUAUCGAGGGAAUGAAGCCUGAGAACGUUUCGAAGAACAGAUAUAGAAAUGUAUUGCCUUAUGACCAAACGCGGGUAGUUCUUCGUCGUCGAGAUAACAAACUGGAAUCGGACUACAUCAACGCAUGCUUCGUACGAUCGUCGCGUCUCAGUGAUUCUACAAGCUCUGUCCAGUCAUCGAACGAAAGUCUUGACAGUGUUCAAUCGUUGAUCCUGAAUACUGAAAAGAAGAAGGCAGUACCACUCGUCACGAAAUCGCUUUCAGACGACGCUCUGAGAGAAAUGAAGAAAAGUCUUAAAUUAGAUAAAAUUAAUGGGAAUCUAAAUAAAGAUGCAGUAAAAGACAAAAUAUAUAUCGCCGCUCAGGGAUGUUUGCCGAGCACUAAGGAUGACUUCUGGCGAAUGAUCUGGCAGGAGGACGUCAGAGUUAUAGCGAUGAUCACGAACGAACAUGAAAAGGGGAAGAGAAAAUGUGAACGUUAUUGGCCAUUAUCGGGACAGGAAGAGCGAUAUGACAACCUCCUUGUGAGAUCCAUUUCUGAGUCGCACUACGAAGAUUACCUAAUUAGGGAGCUUGACGUAUGCGACGAAAAUAAAUGUUGCAGAGCAGUUUAUCAAUAUCAGUUUACGGCCUGGCCGGACCACAGUACUCCACCGGAGCCGGACAGGAUAAUCUCAUUUAUGGAGGAUAUAAACAGGAGAAUGUUUCUAAUCACACAAGAGAAAAAUGCACCAGAUCAGAAUGUGAUUUGCGUGCAUUGUUCCGCGGGAGUCGGGAGAACCGGCACGUUCAUAGUCUUGGACAUCCUUCUUGACAAAAUCAAAUCAUCUGGUUUUAACUGUGACAUCGACGUACACAAUACAGUGAAGCUAGUGAGGGCUCAGAGAAGCGGCAUGGUACAGAAUAAAACCCAAUAUAGAUUCAUAUAUCUCGCCCUUCAGGAUUACAUUGAAAACAAAAAUAUUAAAUUGAGACGGAAGGGCUACCGGCCGGACAUCUGUCGCGACUUCCAUCACUAAACCAAAGCGAACUAAAUAUAAGCUCUUAAAUAUAAUUUAAAUCCAACGAUUAUUCGUUCUAGAUUUAAUGCAACGUGUAGUUUUAAGUUUUUUUUAAUAAAAUAUACUUCAUU